AUGCCCCUCGCCGAAACCGUCCCGGGCCUACGACCGCCGCCCGCACACGUCGUCCGGCCCCUGCUCGCUUCCCGCGCGUCGAAAGCUGCUCACGACGACUUCUGGCGCGGGCUGCAGCUCGUUUGGCAUGCACUCGCCCGUCGUUCCCCAGAUCCCGCCCCGAUCUCCAGACCGCCCUCCUCUGCCAUCUGUCGCGCUCUUUCGAAGAGGUCUUUGCCCGUGCUCUGCUCCGCGCUCUCCCUUCCUCUGUCCCCGCCCUUCCUCUGUCCCCGCCCUUCCUCUGUCCCCGCUCGCCCUCCGUCCCCGCUCGCCCUCCGUCCCCUUGGUCCGAGCUAUCCGGCAGACUUGCACGCAUUCUCGCCCGCUUGCUCGCGCAUCCAUUCUUAG